AUGGCAAAAGAACUACCAAAGUAUGUCAUCAUACAAUCAGACGACAACAAUAGAUACCUGCACGUCGACACAGAAUAUCCAAAUUUACCUAAUGCCCUCCGGUUCGAGGGAGAGUACAGUUUCGGGCUGGAGACGAGAUUCGAGGUGGUGCCGUCUACCACUAGAAAUGGACUCGUCCACAUCCGGUCUUUGCUGAACAACAAGUACUGGGCGACUUCCGGUGGUAACAGCUGGAUAACUGCCAUGGCUGCUAAACCUGAGGAGAAUCAGUCCGAAAAACAUUGCAGACUCUUCCAGCCUGUUUUCUUGUAUUCCACCAGCAACAGCAACAUUGUCGCUAGACUACGCCAUGUCAAUACCGGCAACUACGUUAGGAGGUAUUAUGGCAACUCCGAUACCGGUGACUUUCUUGGUUGCUUGACUUUAUUGCCUAAAAUGCAACCGGACGACAACACUGUUGAUAUGUGCACCUUCAUUGACUGGGACUCUGUGGUUAUGCUGCCCGACCUUAUCAGGAUCAAGUUCAAAGAAAGCCAAAGCCACGCAAAGGCCUUUGCUGAUGGGUAUAUGGACUUACGUUCCAGAGCUGAUAAUUCCUCAAUUUAUGAUUUCGAGGUGUUGCCAAGUCGCGAUGGAGGCAUACGCCUGAAGAGUACCCAGUUUGGCACUUACUGGACGGAUAUGCAACCUAAUUCUUGGGUAUGUUUAACGCAGGCUUCCCCCACAGUCCAUGAAACCAACACCGUAUUUUUACCUACGACACUAGACGGCAACCUCGUCGCCAUGCGAUGCCUGAAGAACGGCUUGUUUUGCAAGAGAUACUCAGGAUAUGGUAAAGACAGCUGCAUCGCCACACAUCACACCUAUCCGGACGAGUUCAGCUACAUGGAGAUUGAGGAGCCUGUUUUCACAAGAACGAUCUCUAACGGCAUAUAUCACCUUACUGAUGCAAGGCGUUACGACGAGAGAACUGUUGCACUUAUCAGCGAUGAUCAGAGCAACGGAACUCAACGUCCCCAAACGUCACAAUUAAAUCUCAAGACGACAUUUACCAAAACAACUAACUUGAGCAACAGUACCACGUGGAAGGGGGGUGUUAAGGUGACCGGUAGCUUUGGUGUCCCAAAAAUAGCAUCAGGUUCGCUUGAUAUAUCCGUUGAGCAUACCCGAUCUUGGAAUUGGGGAGAAAUGGUCUCAGAACGCACUCAUGUUGGGUCAAUCAGAACUGUCGUUGUGUCACCAAUGAGUAGAGUGAAGGCGAGUCUGGUGGCAACACGGUGUUCGUACGAUAUACCUUUUUCGUACACUCAGCGUGACUUCUUGAAAAAUGGGAGUAUAAAAGUUUACAACAAGAAGGAUGGCCUUUUAAGUGGCACCGACGGCUACGACUUUAAGUAUGACCUUGUCGAGCUUUCACUCAAGUAA